GUAUGUUGUAUCAUCUGUAAACAACCCUAGGCCAACCAAUUUUCCAGAAUGCCGCCCUGACUUCUCUGAAACCGUUGGAUUCCAUCUCUUCUCGACUCUUAUUUCUCCAUCAAUAGAAUUUUGGUUGCUUUUAGGCUGCUGAUAAUCCCUAGAAAAUCUGGUAUGUUUGGAGAAGACACUGCAAAAGAAGGGUAUCCAAUGGCCUAUAUCCAAUGUGGCAGAAAUGCCCUCCGGCAGAUAAUCAAAGACCCGAGAGUGCAGAGCUCUGAUCCUAUGAUUCAACCUCUCCUGUAUGCUUGUCAAGGAAUCAGAUACAGGAAGCUAGAAGUCAUUCUUACUACGAACAUUGAGAGGCUUGGCAAAGCUGGUGAGACUGUCAAGGUUGCCCCAGGGUAUUUUCGUAACCAUCUGAUGCCAAAAUUACUUGCUGUUCCUAAUAUUGAGAAGUUUGCUUAUCUCAUAAGGGAGCAAAGAAAGAUUUACCAACCUGAAGAAGAGGAGGUUAAAGUAGUAACACAGAGUGUAGAAGAUAAGACAAAAGAAUAUGAGAAGGCAGCAAGACGAUUAGAUAGUGCUCGGCUGGUGUUGAGGAGAUUCAUUGAUGUUGAAAAGUUUCGCUCUCGUGCAACAAAAGAUGAUCCAAUAGAACUGCGCUCCCCUGUGACAAAAGAGGAACUUGUUGCUGAGGUGGCAAGACAGCUAAGUGUAUGCAUUGAGCUUGAAAAUGUGCAUUUGCCAACACCACUGUCGACUUUUGGAGAGUUUGAGGUGCCACUUCGCCUGCCAAAAUCCAUACCAUUGCCAGAAGGGAAGGUUCAAUGGGCUCUUAAAGUUAAAAUCCGGGGUAAAUAAACAGCAGUUGGACUUUAACGAGUUACUUUUAAAUGAGGUGACGGUUUUGGUUUCUCAAUGGCGAUUUAUUGUAGUGGUAAUCUACAUGCUUGGACAUUAGAAAACAUUUCAUUAGACCAUCCGUCACAUUUUAUAUAGUGAUCACUGAAAUGUGUAAUGUAAUAAGUUUCUUGUUGAAAUAUAUUUUUGCACGCGACUAGAAUCAGGCUAAAGAAGUCCUGAAUUUCCAAUCAUCUUGCAAAACUUGAUUUACUUGCCGGCAACUCUGGCAUUUACCAGAGGAGCUGAAUGAAAUGAAAUGGAUGUCGAUGAUUUUGAAAUAGUUGCAUUAGGCAUUCAAAUAUCUUGGUAACGUGAAUUUUCUUUGAAGCACAGCAUAAUAGCAAGCUUUCACUGAACUUUCCGACAUGGGUGAGAUACUGAGGACCAUUGCCAAUACGCUAUCUGAUUUUCCUGUGUGUCAAUUUAUGAUAUUUCCGUCCUUUCAAGUAGGAGGAGCCGAUAACAAGCAAGCAAAAUGCAAAGCAACCACAACGUAGAUUUCCUUCCUCUUUUCUUUUUUUUUCGUAUUUUGGAUGGUGGGCCAUAUAAAAGAAGGGGUAGCCCUUCCCUCUCCAAACUCUUUUCUGUCCAUUAUAAAAUUUAAAUUUAAAA